UCGAAAAACAAAACAAAACAAAAAAAAAAAAAAAGAUUUCUGAUCUUUCCUAAUGGCAAAGAUUAGCCAUUUAAAUUACACACACAUACACACGAGGCACACACACAAAAAAAGUCUCUGGUUUUCACUGUGUUGUCCAGGAUGGGAUCUUAGUUACAGACUCAAGCGAUUCUCCCACACAUGCUUUCAGAGUAGCUGGAGUCUAGGCUGCAUUCUGUAUGGAGUGAGCUACCAUAAGAACUGAAAGAUAUUUGGAAUGGGGUUGGGUAGCACGAUGUGAUCAUAGCAGUGCUUUAAAAUGACUCUCAUUGUAUCUCAUCAAGUGGGAUGAUCCAAGAUAAGUUCAAGGGGAGAACUGACAGAGCUUGCUUUCUCUCUGGAUUUGUAGCGUUGCAGAGUAGGAGGCUGUCUCUUAAGACUUCCACUCUUCUAGAAAGAAGUACUGUUUCCUGAAGGGAGAAUUUGCUUCUCAGCAGAUAAGCAGAGGUCCCACGUUCAGUUUGUUAAUUUAUGCAAGUGGAGAUGUCAUAAAGUCAUUGUGAAGAGAGAUCCUUAGCUCAGAAUAUAUGUCUAGGUUGGGACUUAAGUUGGGUAGCAGCUUACAGAUAUUUAAAUGUGAACAUGGAUGAGCUUAGGAAAAGAUCCUGGCUCCAGGAGGAAGGUCAGAACUCUGUCAGCCCUCUGUAGCCACAAUGAACCAUCAGGUGGUGAGGAAGGAGGAGACACAGAGCUGAUGCAGCAGGACACAGCUUCAGUUCCUGAACCACCAAAGGAAACCAAACAGACCAAACAGCCUACAGAAUGUUUCUUGAGGAAACCACAGGAAACAAAAGAAGAAGCCCGGAAGACCAAGAAGUGGAAAAAGAGGAAAAUUUCUGAUAUUCUGGCAAAAUCAGAGCCCAAACCAGGGACUCCUAGGGACCUUCAGAAGCUUAUCAAGGACCAUUACAGCGGCAGUCGUUCCGUAGUUGAACUAGAAGAGCUCAGCCUACCAGACUCCUGUUUCCUUAAGGCCAAUGAUUUGACUCACAGUCUCUCUUCAUAUCUAAAAGAAAUCUGUCCUAAGUGGGUAAAGCUUCGGAAAACGCACAACGAGAAGAAGUCAGUCCUGAUGCUGAUCAUCUGCAGCUCUGCCGUCAGAGCCCUGGAGCUCAUCAGGUCACUGACAGCAUUCAAAGGAGAUGCCAAAGUUAUGAAAUUAUUUGCAAAACACAUAAAGGUCCAGGAGCAAGUAAACUUGCUGGAGAAGCGUGUGGUACACCUGGGUGUGGGGACUCCCGGGAGAAUCAAACAGCUUGUUAAACAAGAUGGCCUUAAUUUGAACCCCUUAAAGUUUCUGGUUUUUGACUGGAACUGGAGAGAUCAGAAGCUAAGGAGAAUGAUGGACAUUCCCGAGAUAAAAAAGGAAGUGUUUGAGCUUCUAGAAGUGGGAGUGUUGGACCUUUGCAAAUCAGAGUCCUUGAAGCUGGGCCUUUUCUAACCCUGGGUCCUGAGGAAGUGUCCAGUUGCCAGCAGGCUGCAAGUGCUCAGUCGCUAGCUACAGUGGUGUAGCUGUGUUAGUCCUGGUCACUGUGAACGCUUCAUGGGGAUUCUUGGACACCUAUGCUAUGAGCCUGUCCUUUGGCUCAUGGCUCAUACAAUAAAGAAGCUCUGGCUUGCAUAUGCUGCCUUUGUU